GAUAGUGGUUCUCAACUUGUGAAUGAAUAUUAUAAACGAUUCCAACCAAAAAAAAAAAAUAGUACAAAAAGACAUUAUUGUUAGUAGUUAGCUUGAAAGUUUGAAACUCUUGCCCUCAACAAAUUAGUGUAAAUGAACCACCCAAAAGCCAUAAGUAUCUUUACAAGCUUUUCAUGUGUUAUGGGAGUUGGGAAACUUGUGAUUAAAACUCUCCUCCCCUCCCUCAUGUGACUGCUUUUAAAGCCAUGUCUCAGAAAAUCAAAUACACCGUUCUCUCAUUCAAUUCAUAUGCACGCCAUCGUCAGUACUGUCUCGUACAGAGGUCAUUGCAUUCUCCAACCAUGAUUCUUGAACAAGAAACCUAAACUAUGAAGGACUUGUCAUUGUUUCUUCUCAAGAACUCAUUUGGAGCCAAGAUGAGAAAGGGUUUCAGAAACUUCUGCAAUGGAGAAGCCUCAACGUCGACUCUCCACCAGCAAAAACUCGACCACCUGGGCACGGGACAACGACAACGAUCGUUCGUCGACUCCCCCUCCAGAGAACGGCCGCCCACGUUGGAGGAGAUGAUCUUGCAGUUAGAAAUGGAGGAGAAGAUGGCCAGGAAGGAGGAGUACAAAGGAGUCGAGCACAGGAUGUCGUGCGUGAACAGCUCCGACAUCCUGAGAACCGCAAGAACCGCCUUGAAUCAGUACCCUCGAUUUUCCCUCGACGGGAAGGACGCCAUGUACCGGUCUUCGUUCACGAACUUGGCCCCUCUCAGAGUUAAGAACUACGAGUUGGGAGCAGAAAAGAGAUCAUCAUCAUCAUCGUUUCCUGCUGUGGUCGGCGGGAAGAGUGUGAUUUGGUGCAAACCAGGGGUGGUAGGGAGGCUGAUGGGGCUUGAUGCCAUCCCAAUUCCUUUGAACAGCCAUUACAGACGGGAAAGGCUCAGAGCCAUCAUAAACAGGCAGAAUCUGCGCAAGAGAGAGCAAGUGGAGAAGAGGAGAGUGGUGGGAUCUUGCUCCAGAACCGGAUAUUGCGUCAUGAAGCCUGUCGAGAUGGAAAUCCCGAAUGGUGAAGCGGGCUGGCCGAUGAGACGUUUUCUCUAGUAACUAUUGCACGUAGAUUUAUGUCAUAUUGUAUGUGAC